AUGCUGGCUCUCAACUUACUCAGCCUGAACCCGCUGGGUCUUCUCCUUCUGUCUGCCACUGCCGUCACUGCCGCCCCAACGCGUCAGCCAGUUGCCCGCCCUACUCACUAUGUCGCCUUUGGUGACUCCUUUGCUGCAGGCCUCGGGGCUGGCUACGAGUCUGGGACCGGUCGUCUCGACGGGUGUUAUCGCUACGAUCGAGGGUAUCCGUCCGCGCUGCAGGCGCUCAUCGAUGGCGACUCGAUAAUCAAAGUCGAGAACCUCAAGGCCUGUACGGGCGCGAAGGCCGAUCAGGUUAAGGCGCAGGCAAAGUUCCUCGAUGAAACUGUAGACUUGGCCACUAUAUCAGUUGGCAUAAACGACGUCGGUUUUGGCAAUAUUGUCAAUGAUUGCAUCUACCGAUUUAAAGGGAGCCUCUCGGGCGACUGCCAGUCGACGCUAGACAGCUCCAGAAAUUACAUUGAGAGCGAUCUCGGUCCUGCAGUUAAGGACGCACUCCAGGCCUUUAUGGACCGGCCGCAUCAUGCAAACCUGCGCAUCUUUGUCACAGGCUACGCGCAGUUCUUCUACCCAGGCCCCUCAGACCAGUGCGACGGUGUCUCUUGGAACUACUGGCAGGACUCGCCUGAGAGUGGUAGUGGCCAGAAUAUGACACAGGCGUUGCGAAGUCAGCUGAAUGAGCUUGUUGUUGCAGUUAACAACAAGAUCGACGAGGUUGUUCGCAGCUUUCACGAUGCAAAGAUCAACUUCGUCGACUAUGAUGACAGGUUCAACCGCUUUUGCGAAGAUGGCUUUACAGAGCCACAGCCCCCUGGCGAAGAGCGGCCCGACCUCUUUAUGCACCAGUACUACACGCCCGACAGCCCGUUGCCCCAGGACUACACGCCAGACCCCCAGUUGCAGGAUGUCGGCGAGUGCUUGGAGGUCAGCGUCUCGGCCGAGGCCAAGAACCUGGCUCAGGGCAUGCUGGAGUUUGCCAACGGCCACCCGGAUGUCAAGGUGGCGACACCGUUUAACGAGCAUCCCGUCAAUAUCACCAUGCUCCCAGACCAUAUCCCGGUAGGCAUCAUGAAAGCCUUCCAUCCCACUCAAAAGGGCCACGAGACAAUCGCCCUCGAAGUGUGGAAGGCAUACACACGCGUGAAUACACAUCCGCCAAGCAGUAGCCUACAGCCUCUGCCUAAAAACUUCCAUAUUGGAGACAGCGGCACGCGUGUCUCAGGCAACUUCCCGCGCUCCUUUGGCCUUCUCGAUAGCAACCUGUCCGUUCGUAGUAUUCUCUAUCGCAUGCGAGAUCGGGCGUGCCCGGGGCUGUGCCAUACGGUACGCGGUAUCCCGAGGGACUUGCUGUUGAAUACACGACAAGGAGAGGACGGGUGUAACUUUGUGACGCGCAUUUCCGAAGGCAAGGAGCUUUUUUUUACUGCAUCCCAUGCAGGCCAGAACUGCUGGGAUGCCACCAAGCGCAUGAUUGACGAGCGUAUGACGGAUUAUGGCGAGCCCAUCCACACGGAGAGCUGGGUAAAUGGUAGUGACUACGAAUACUACAAUGUCGGAAUCCGUGACUUCACCCCCGGCUGCAAGGACUCGCCAUCAGACCAUCUCGGCCAUCUGCAUGUAGCCUGCCGCCGUUUCGAAAACGUCUUCUCAGACCGCUACGAGGUAUAUCUCAACAACUGGGAUGAUGGAGACCGGGGCAAGUCGAUCCACCAUGGCGUCGAGGACUGCCACAUGUUCCCCACGAAGUGGAAGUACAAGGAAGCGCCCACCGACCAACUCCGCCCGUAUACCUUUUCGGACCGCACAGAGGCUGACAAAUGGGUUAAAUGGUACAUGAUGUGUAGCACUGGGAAGUGCGUGGAGAGCAAGAUUGAGGAGGUGUUGGGUCUGCGGGCGGGUGGGCUCAAAUGUCCCUUUGGGGAGUGGUUUGAGCUGGACUUGUUCAACUGA